GGGAACCACCACCCCGGUCUGCCACUCGUUCGGUACUGUUUCCGACUUCCACGCAACGUUGAUGUCGGAAAUAUAAAUGCCACUUCCUUGGAAGUAUAUUCAACAUUUUAUCAGAGCGUCACCUUUUUUAUCAGGUCAUGCUUUAACAUGUCUGCAUUUUAAAUAACCCUUUCUCGUGGCAGACGUAAUGAAUUAUCCAAACAGCUGUAACUAAUCACAUAAACGUAACCUUACUACUUGUCCACCAAUUAAUUUCCACUUCCAGGGCCCGUGGGUCCCCACUUGUUAUUAACAUGGCUAUUUAGCACACCUAAUUGAAACAGAGCCAUUGUUUAUGUAAUGAGUUACAUCUAUGCAUUUACUGUAAUUCAUAUUAUUUGUGUUGUGUUUGAAAGCUGUUACCGUUCAAUUUAUCACAGUCCAAAACACUCAAAAAUAAUGACUAUCAUCCAAUAUUGUUUUAACUCACUUAUUAUGCAUUCAUAACCGUACAAUCCUGUUGCAAUUAUAUUUUAUGGCCCCAAAACACAUAACUAACCCUAACUUGAAACAACAUAAGGGUUAACAUUCCCUGAACUUUUUUAGUUUAUAGAAUUUUAAACACGUGCAAAUUCAAGUUUGACAUUUUUCUAAUGAAAGAGUAGCCAACUUCAAACAAUUGAUGAUUACUAGUAGAGUUAUCAUCAAACACCAUUAAAUAUAAAAUGGAGAUCCUUAAAGAUGAGAUUUAAGCUACAGGGACACUGUCCCUUUAAGACGUUUACCCGGUAGUCACGUUCAGUCCCGCACGCGCCUGCUGUGGUGAACUACUGUCAUCACAAAACAAGAAGAGCUUCUUUUUUAUUAUUUGCUCGCAGCAUUUACAACUACAUACUUUAGACCAUGUUGCAGACGAUUUAAAUCGACUGCUCUGCGCAGGCGUGAGAGAACGGUGUAAUAAAAGCACAAACUGGCACACAAACAUAUGAUAAUAGCGCUGUCAGUGCUGGAGCUGCUGUCUGAGCAUUAGUGAGCUGGAAGUAGACACAACUCAACAUUAAACUGAAAACAUGUCUACACCGGGCAGUGGCGUGGGGCACCGGCAAGCCAACACCGGGGGGAAGCGGUUCAUUAGCGGGGUGGUGGAAGGUUUUUAUGGGCGGCCAUGGACUUUGGAGCAGAGAACAGAGCUGUUUAAAAGAGAACAGAAGUGGGGUUUGAACACGUACCUGUACGCCCCCAAGAAUGACUACAAACACAGGAUGUACUGGAGGGACCUGUACUCUGCAGAGGAGGCAGAACAACUCAUCGCCCUGAUAUCAGCUGCUAAACAGCACGACGUGGAGUUCAUCUAUGCCAUCUCUCCCGGCCUGGACAUUACCUUCUCCAACCCCAAAGAGGCCACCGCCCUGAUGAGGAAACUGGAUCAGGUGAGGCAGUUUGGCUGCAGGUCCUUCUCUUUACUUUUCGAUGACAUCGAGACUGAGAUGUGUGCGGCUGAUAAGAAGGCCUUCAGCUCCUUCGCCUACGCUCAGGUGGCCAUCACUAAUGCGGUGUACCAGCACCUAGGAGACCCCGAGACCUUCCUCUUCUGUCCCACAGAUUAUUGUGCUGCGUUCUGCACCCCCAGCGUGCUCCAGUCCUCUUACCUGCACACUGUGGGGGAGAAGCUGCUGCCUGGGAUAGACAUACUGUGGACUGGUCCCAAAGUGGUAUCCCACAAAAUCUCCGUUGAGUCCAUAGAAGAGGUGUCCUCCGUCUUGAGGAGGCCGCCAGUCAUCUGGGAAAAUAUCCACGCAAACGACUACGACCCCCAAAGGCUUUUCCUCGGACCCUUCAAAGAUCGUCCUACUGAGCUGAUCGCCAAACUGAGAGGGGUCCUCACCAAUCCCAACUGCGAGUUCUACCCAAACUUUGUGGCCAUCCACACAUUAGCUACGUGGUGCAAAGCAACUGCUGAUGGAAGACAAAGGGAUGUGGAAAUGGACGAUGAGGAGCAGGACCCCUGCUACAGCCCCCAGAAAGCCCUGACGCUGGCCCUCACCGACUGGCUGCAGGAGUUCAUGAGCACCGACCAGCCUGGAGGCCCCUGUCGUCCUCCAGCUCGUCUGAAGAAGGAGGUUUCAGAGGAGGAGCCCAUGCAGACAGAUAUGGGGGAGGGCUCCUAUAUCCCAGGACCUGGGGAGAACCCUCUGUACACGGCCGAGCCCCUCACCCUGGAGGACCUGAAGCUGCUGUCGGAGCUCUUCUACCUGCCGUACGAACACGGCCCCACCGCCCGCACCAUGCUGCAGGAGCUGGACUGGCUCAAGAACCACAGCUGGGCCGCGGCGGCCGAGACGGACAAGACCGCGGAAUGGCGCUCAAGAGCACAGCAGUUUGAUGGCCUGUGCGAAGCGGUGGUGCAGAUGUUCAACCGUCUGUCCAACGCCCCCAACCGCAGCAUUCUGUACGACCUCUACAACUACAUCUGUGACAUCAAGAGUGGGGUGGACCUGGCUCGAGCCUACGUGAAAACAGUCGGAGGGCAGGCUCGCCCCGCAGCCCAGCUGCUGAACACUGAUCCUGAACCCUGGGGUUUCAGAGGAGGCCUCUCUGGAGAGUUCCAGAGAAUGCUGCCCUGCCACGGAAACAGGGACCUGUUCAGACAUCCUCUCAUGACGUCGGUCUACAGCAUACGGAUGUUCUGCCCUGAGGACAAGAUGGAGGUACAAAGGAUUUUCAGAGAGAUGCAGAGUGUGGGAGAGGGCAAAGUCCCCAUGAUGAUGCAGCCCCCCCUCAUCUGUGAUGGCCUCUCAGCAGGGGAAAUCCCCCCCUCCCCUCAGUGUGCUCUGGUCCUGGAGGAUGAGAUGGGGGUGUGUGGUUACGCCCUCGCACUCACCGACGCCAAACCAGCUGCUGCCAGGAUUCAGAGGGCAGUAAGUGAUUCAGUGUUCCAGGACUUCCCCUCCCUGGUCACCAUACAAGUGUUGCCCCGGGUCGCUGAUCCCUCUCCAGCCAAGCGCAUGAUUGGUCGGUUGUUGUCCUCCAUCAGGAGCAGUGGUUCCAGAGGCGUGUUCUGUGAGGUGAGGCACAGCGAUCGGAGGAUGCUCGACUUGUAUCCUAAACUGGGCUUCUUCAAACCCAUAACCAUGGCCGGGCUUCCUCAGGACAUCAUCGCCAUGGGAACAAGCCUGUGAACAAGCCUUUGCGAAAAUCAUCGCAAGGAUUUACCUCAGGUUUGAAUGUUUUUUGCUAACUUUGCAGCAUGUCAAACUGCAAUCCGUCAUCAUUUCUUAGUAUCAGAUAAUUAUUCGUGUAAUUUUAGUAGCCAUCUCCAACACUGUAACAUUAGUUUGUUAGGACAUUUGCAACAAAAACUACUGUAUAAAAUAAAAAAGGGUAACACUGAUGUACUACUGAUUUUCUAGAACAUUUAAAAUGUAUAGAUACUUUUUUAAGAUGAAUUAAUUGUUUUAACCCAGCACAAUAAAUGUUAACACAUUUA